UGUUUCUGUUAAUUGUUUGCGGAAUUUCACCAUCCUACGUGUUAUCCCCCUACAUGAUUUUCAACAUUCGGUAACCCUAGCGGGCUGCUUAAUAAUAAAAUCUGUAACAAGGACCAAGUUUCGAGACAUAGCACUCUGUGAGUGAUGCGUAAUUGGAGUGAAAGGCAACAGAACAACGUGCACGGGGUACAGGAACCGGUUUUGGAUUCUGGGUGGACGGAUAGUGAUUGCGGUCACGUCCUUUGAUAUUCACUAGGAUAACGGAGGCUGUCAGUCUUUGUCCGAAUCCGUGAUGGUUCGUUUUCGUUCCCUGUUUAUUUGCGACGCCCUUGCGUUCGGCGUCCUCUUGCGCCCUUUCUACGCCCUUCAACAACCUCUUCUAGCUUCCGACCCGAUCUUCAUUCGUCGCCAUCUGCAAAUGGAACUAACAUGUUGAUGGCAUUAACUACUGCAAUCUUAGCACCGCAACCAACAAUCCCAAAAUACUUUUCAUCAUAAUAAUAGUCUCCUUUUUUUCACAGGUCAGAGGCGUCUAUAGCCAUGACAUCAUGAUCUACAGCUUCACCAAGCGCUGAGAACAGGACGACAAGAGAAAAGGGUGACAGAAAUCAUCGAGGAGACGCCGCUGGUAUCGUACACACUCGGUGGAUGGAACGCUUAUGCUGUUGGUAGUUCCAUUGGGAGGUCCGUUAUUGACGGUGAACCGCGGGAGAAGGUGAAUAAUGAAGCGGGGAAUGGAGUUGGGCAUUUACUGUUCAUUACCAAUCUUUCAGUUCGGUACUUCUUCAAUCUCUGCGGACACAGAAAAAAACAGCGCUCCCCCAGAAUCAAUUCGCCCUGUCGCGCUCCUGUUAUGACCGAUCGAAAAUCUCACGACAAUCGACAAUGAGAGUUCACGGACCUCUGACGUUGUAUAUGCCCAGUGUCCCCGAACCGCUUCAGCAGUCAGUUACAACAGUUGAUCAUACGCCCUUAUUUUGAACUACUUGCCAAGCAUUGUACAAACAAGGCCCGCAUGGGCGAAAGGAAUAUCUAGCGGGGUCCAAGCAAAGAAGCCAAAAGAUCGCAUCGCCGCCCUGCCCCUAUACGCCCUUUAGCCUCAUCAUAUAAGAAGGCUGCAGGGAUAACUUUUACAGUCGAAAUGCCCAGACGAGCGACGAUAUUCGUGCAUGAACCUAACUCCUCGUCGACCAGUAACAUUUUAACAAUCAACCACUUAUUAAAAUCAAUCAUUGCUGGUCAUGUCUCAUUACCAAUACCUCCAGAUCAGAAUUGGAGCGGCUGCACCCACGGAGGAAGAAGCCGCAGCACUCUUUGCUCCUGAAAGAACUUUUUCCUUGGGUUGCAUGUUUGCCCAACCUAUUGUGGACACCUUCAUGGCUGGAAUAAUGUUUAUGCAGGUCGUCACCUACUUCACAUAUCAGAGAAACGACAAAUGGUGGACUAAGUGCAUAGUCAUUUUUGCCUCCAUAAUCUCCAUCAUUAUGACCGUCUAUCUGUGGUUUUUCGGACAGUACCUUUUUGUCCAGAAUUUUGGUCGCUUUUCACCAUUUGUGGAAACCGAUAAGCUCGCUUGGUUUCCAGUCCUCGAUGCUAUCUGUUCAAGCGGUAUUCAGUCAUAUUUCGCUUAUCGUGCGUAUCUAUUGAACAGGCGGAAUAUUUUAAUCCCUAUUACUAUCCUGCUUCUUAUCCUUACGUCGUUCGCGGCCACGAUUGCAGUAAAAGUAAUUUUCGGCAAUGCCAAUUCCCUUAUGGAAGCUGAUAAGGUCCGAAUUCCCGAAUUGAUCUGGCUGGCAUCUAUCAUGGCGGCCGAUAUCAUUAUCACUAUAUUAAUCCUUAAUGGCUUACUUCGGUCAAAGACUGGAUGGGCACACACUGACAAGGCUAUUGUCCGACUGAUUCGUAUCACAUUUGAAUCUCAGAUCCCUCCUACAAUCCUGGCCAUAACUUUCAUGAUUGAAUUCGUCCAGACACCGGCAUCUCUCCUGGGCUCUACUUUACAAGGGAUCCAAUCAAAACUUUACACUGUCGGAUUGAUGUAUUCUUUGAACUCCCGAGUAUCCUUCAAAUCCGCAAAUGAAAGUGGUUUUAAUUCUGGCCAAGUUUUUGCUAUGACUGGUCGGAGGGACAAUGCGACAAACGAUAUUCACGUGGAUGUGGAGACCUAUGUUCAUCACAAUCAGGAUAUACACACCAGCGACGAUGAUGUUCGAGACAAGAAGAACCGUGAAGAUGACGAAUCGUUGUCCGAUAUUCAGGGCCAUAAAUCUCCAGGAUUUGACAGUCAAUCCCACUUGACUGAACCUAGACACAUCGCGUAGAAGAACGAGCUGUAAUGGGGAUGCUCUCAAAGGGCUGGUAGCAGCUCCUAGGGGCAGCACAGGGGGACUUCGUCAGCAUGAACACACAGCCACAUGUAUUGUGUAAUAGGUCACCAUGUCCAGUCAUGAUCAUUCAUCUGUCAGUGUGGCAAUGCUAAGAUUCAA